UGAGCAACCCUGCCCUUCCUCCAUCUAUAUAUUAAUGGUCAAGUGGCCUCCAAACACCAUCACCUGCAGGCUGCAGCUCCUCAAACAAGGAAUUCCAAACCGAAACCACACAGCUCCCCAGCUUCCAGCAAGACAGAGGGAGAAAGAAACCAUUAUGAUCAGCACCAAGAGGAUCUCUCAGAUGGUCAAGAAGUGGCAGAGAAUGGCAGUGUUGGGGAGAAAGCGGCUCUCCUGGAGGGUGGAAAGGGAAGUCGAGGAUCGAUCCUGCGCCUCUGUGGCGAGCAAGGACCACUGCAUGAUGUACAGUUUAGACGGGAGGAGGUUCGAGGUGCCGCUGGCGUACCUUGGCACGCUGGUGUUUGCGGAACUCCUGUGGAUGUCCUACGAGGAGUUUGGCUUCGUGAGCCAUGGGCGGAUCACGCUCCCUUGUGAUGCUGCAGCCGUAGAGUAUGCCAUGUGUCUCCUCAGGAAAGGCUCCUCGGCAGAUGUAGAGAAGGCAUUCCUGAGCACCAUGGCAGUCUCAUGCCACUAUGCAAGCUGUAUUGCUAUUGCACCAUUUGUUGGAGUUAGCCAUCAAGCUGUUAUUUGCAGCUCCUGGCUGACUGUAAAGUAGUUUAGUAUAUAGUUUGUAGGAAAAGAAAAUUCUCCAUGGAGCCUUUUGAUGCUUCAAGCAAUCAAGGAAAAUGCAAACUAGCAUGUUAAUUAGAGCUAUUAUUCUCGUUC